AUGUUGGAUGGAGAUGAUGGCAAGCACCAUUUAAAAGUAAAUCAGAAGAUUGAUAUACACUUCGCUGAUUCCAGUUACAAGGUUGAAAACAAAAAAAUAAUUAGUCAUACUGAGAGUAAUUGGAAUAUAUCGCCAUCAGAAAUUGCUAGUAAUACCAAAAAUCCUAUUCGCCAAAUCUGCGAUUCAUUGUUUGUCCCAGUUAAUCCACAGAAAUCUCUAAUUAAAUUGAAUCUGGGAGAUCCUACUAUUUCUCAUGCACUUCCUGUGUGCGCAACUGCUAUCAAAGCUGUAAGUGACGCGCUUAUUAGUCGAAAAUAUGAAGGUUAUGGCCCAGCUAUCGGGAUUCAAGAAGCUCGAGAAGCUGUAGCACAAUAUUUCACACAUCCGGAUGCACCAGUAAUUGCAGAUUCCGUUAUAUUAACUAGCGGUUGUUCACAUGCUAUAAAAAUGGCUAUUGAAGUGUUAACAAAUCCUGGAGAUAACGUGCUUGUACCCGCACCUGGUUUUCCAUUAUAUUCGACUUUUUUAAAGCCUUUGAAAGUUGAAAGUCGCUAUUAUCAUCACGAUUUACUAAAUAGAGGUGAAUUGGAUUUAAUUCAAUUGGAAUCUUUGAUUGAUAAUCGAACACGCGCUAUCAUUAUUAAUAACCCUUCUAAUCCAAUGGGUUUGGUCCUUAGUAAAGAUCAGUUGGAAUCAGUGCUAAAAAUUGCAAAUGAAAAUCGAAUUCCCAUUAUCGCUGAUGAAGUUUAUGGUACAAUGACUUACAAUGAAGCAAAAUUUUAUCCAAUAGCAACUCUUAAGCCUAAAGUACCUGUACUCACUUGUGAUGGUAUCGCAAAACGAUAUUUAUUACCUGGAUGGCGACUUGGUUGGAUUAUAAUCCAUGACCGUCAUGGAGCAUUUGCACAUAUUCGAAAUAGUCUAAUAGAUCUUGCUCAGAAUAUCGUUGGACCAUGCACGUUGAUUCAGGCUGCAUUACCAUACAUUCUACAGUCAACAGAUGCAGUCUUUUUUCAACAAGUCAAUAAUAUUAUUUACCGUAAUGCACGCAUUGUAUGGGAAAGUUUGCACAAAAUACCAGGUUUACAUCCACUUAUGUCUAACGGAGCAAUGUAUAUGAUUAUACGAAUAGAACAACAAAUAUAUGGUACAGAUGAAAGUUUUGUCCGUGAUUUACUUGCUGAAGAAAAUGUUUUUUGUUUACCAGGAUGUGUUUUUCAUUGUGCUGGCUGGUUACGGUUGGUACUUACAUACAGUGAAGAAGAAACACGUGAAGCUUGCAAUCGUAUCAGACAGUUUUGUUUGAGACGAGCAUUACAUACUUUAGAUCAAAAAAACAUUUAA